AUGAAGCUCACCUGGGACAUCAACGAUCCCAAACUGCCGCAAGAGCCCAAACACUUUGACAGCUUCAAGGAGUGGGCCGAUGGUUACGUGCGCUUCAUCUACCGCGGCGAGGAGAAGAACGCUCAACGCCAUCUCAGCGGCUGGGCCAUGCGUAAUACCAACAACCACAACUGCCAGAUCCUUAAGAAGUCCUGUCUCGGGGUGGUGGUAUGUGCCAGCGACUGCGUCCUGCCCGACGGCACCAAGAUGCAGCUCCGGCCGGCCAUCUGCGACAAGGCUCGACAGAAGCAGCAGAAGAAAGUGUGUCCCAACUGCCAUUCAGCUUUAGAGCUGAUCCCCUGCAGAGGUCACAGCGGUUACCCAGUCACCAACUUCUGGCGGCUUGAUGGCAAGGCAAUAUUUUUUCAGGCCAAAGGAGUUCAUGAUCAUCCGAGACCAGAAAGUAAAUCAGAGACAGAAGCAAGAAGAAGUGCCAUUAAGAGACAGACAUCUUCUUACCAACCCCAGAAAAAGAGGUUCCUAGAAUCAGAGGGAGGAAGACAUCAAGAGAGCAGUGGUCCCUGCAGCAACAUCCACCACUUUCCCUGUCCGGAAAGCCCGGAACGAUUCAGUAUAACCACAGAGCCCAGUUUCCCUAUUCCAACUCAGCCUUAUGCCGCCUUUCAAAAUGCUGAUUCUUACAAAAUUCCCUGUGACUCAACCAGCUUUCAGGGGGACUCCAUGUCACCUUUUCAAAAAUGUCCAAAUCCGAGAAUCUAUAUGCCCAGGCCACCUUGUGGCUAUGAAUUUUCAGUCCCCAGUUACCUAGGAUCCGGCCCUUACCCCACACUUUAUAGAGACGCCAACAGUUGCUUUCCGGAUGCCGACUGGGUUAAUUGGACCGGGCCGCAAUAUAACAACAAUUCAUCGAAUGUCCGUGAUAGGAAUUUCGAAGCCAACACUAAACAUCAUGGGUUGAAACAGGUCCUUGGCAAAGCGGGCUGUGGAGAGAGGAAUGACUGUGGACAGUUCCAGAGUAAUCCCCCUCUCUCCUACUACAAUGGGGAAUUCCCCUGCAGGUAUGGGAGUUCUUCUCCUCCCACCGGCCCACCGGGCCUACAGACGGUGAUCACAACUACUACCAAAGUCUCCUACCAGGCCUACAAGCCCCCUGUCAUGAGGUACAGCGACAACAUCCAUGAUGUUAAAAACCUUCAGAGCUGUAACUAUUUAGCAGACGGAAGUCCGGGGGCCUUCUAUUCCGAGGUAAAGACCCAAGAAGACUGUGGGACAGCCAAAUCCUCCCUGGUUUACCCCCCAGAGCCAACCUCCUUUAAGGGAGAACGAGGAGAGACCUGGGACGUGUAUCGAUGUGGGCCGUUCCCAGGAAAUAAUUAUUCUGAUCGAGUCGGUCAGCUCUUUAGGUAUGAGAAUGAGGAAUUCUGA